AUGGAGAUCCACGAAGAAUUUACGGAAUGGGCUGUUGCGCAAGGUAUCAAGAUCAACGGGAUCGCGGCGCACAAGUUCGAGGGACGAGGGCUUGGCAUCAUUGCUACCCAGAAGCAUGAAGCAAACACGACCCUCCUCACUGUCCCCCACUCCGCCCUGAUAGACAUAUCUAGCGUUCCAAAAGCCAUAACUGACGCCCUUCCUCCGACCAAAAAUACAGUCCACAACAUCCUCGCUGCAUUCCUCGCCCUCGAUACCUCCCCAUCACGAGCACCAUGGCGCGCUGUCCUCCCAGAUUACGCCUCCUUCAAAUCCAGCAUGCCCCUCUGCUGGCCCUCCACCCUCCAAGCCCUCCUCCCACCACAAGCGGCCUCCCUCCUCGCCCAGCAGAAGAAGAAGCUCGCGAGGGACUGGGCCGCCGCCACCGCCGCAUUCCCGGACCUUAGCUACGACCGCUACCUCCACGCCUGGCUGCUGGUCAACACGCGAACCUUCUACUACGUGUCGCCCACCGCCAGCGCGAGAGCGGCGCCGAAGAACAGGGACGACUGCAUGGCACUCAACCCUUUCGCGGACUACUUCAACCACACGUCUUCGAGGAACGCUUGCGACGUCUCCUUCUCCCCAACCGGCUACACAGUAACCACCUCCACCUCCACCCCUCCCCUCACUCGCGGCGCCGAGAUCUACAUCUCCUACGGAACCCACAGCAACGACUUCCUCCUCGCCGAGUACGGCUUCAUCAUCCCCUCCUCCUCCUCCUCCUCCUCCUCCUCCUCCUCUUCCUCCCCCACCAUCGCCACCACCAUUGUCCCCUCCUCCGACACAAACACAGACCGACAACACCAACACCAACACCAACACCACCACGACGAGGACGACUAUACCCUCCUCGACCCCGCCCUCCUCCCACGCCUGACCCCGUCCCAGCGCCGCGACCUGCAGGAGGAGGGCUUCCUCGGAAACUACACCCUCGAUCGGGCGCAGGGCGUCUGCCACCGCACCCAGGUCGCGCUCCGCAUCCGCUGCCUGCCACUCGGCCGGUGGCGCCGCUUCGUGAGCGGCGUGGACGACGGCGAGCUCGACCAGCCCGAGGUCGACGCGCUCUUGCGCAAGGUCCUGGAGGCGUAUCGGAGAGACGUAGCGGACAAGAUUAGGCAGGUUGAAGGGUUGGAGGAGGGGACGGCCGGGAUGAGGGACGUGUUGGCCAGACGGUGGAGGCAGAUUGAUGGCUUACUGCAAAGUGCGAUCGAGAGGAUAGAGUAG